AUGGCGGGGAUCUUUCGAACCAUCUAUGACUGGCUCCUGAGGAUGUUUUGGGCAACGGAGAUGGAUGUCACCAUGAUCGGGCUUCAAAAUGCGGGAAAGUCGUCGCUGCUGCGUGUGCUAGCGGGAGGCGAGUUCACUGUAGAUUGGGAUCUGGGAGGACAGCCGCGUUUCCGGCCGAUGUGGGAGCGGUAUUGUCGGGGCGUCAACGCCAUCGUGUAUAUCGUGGACGCGGCGGACCGGGAAGCCUUGCCGGUCGCAACAGACGAGUUGCAUGACCUGAUGACGAAGCCGACGCUGGACGGUAUUCCCCUGCUGGUUCUGGGGAAUAAAUCGGACCUGCCGAACAAGUUAUCGGUCGACGAGCUCAUCGACGCGAUGGAUUUGAAGUCCAUCACCCAUCGCGAGGUGAGCUGCUAUGGGAUCAGUGCGAAGGAGGAGACAAACCUCGACGCGGUCCUGCACUGGUUGAUUGCACGAGCCAGUCGAUGA